UAGCUACAAACACCGUCCUCUACAGCUGCUGUACUCCAGUCUUACAGGGAACAGACCCGCAAUCCUCCGACAGACGAGGAGAUCAAUUAAAAGACUUAAGUCAGAGGUAUUUUAGUCGAAUCUCCUCCUCCGAAAAAAAAAAAAAAAAAAAAAAAAAAAGCCAAGCCAGAAGAAUGAGCUCCGCGUGCGUGCUCCUCAAGCAGCCGUCUUUCGGCGCAGCACCGUGGUCGCGCUCGCCGACAGUGAGCAGCAGCAGCUUGGACACAAACGGCAGCCGGACCUCACUGUGGAGACCGUGGUUAUCCAGCAGCAGGGAUGGACCAGAGCAAUGUCCACGGAGCAGGCUGUCCCAUCCUUACUCCAGACCCACUGUGUCAGGCUGCUUCUUGACAGAUGGGAAAUCUCAGUCCUUCCAGCACCCUGUCAGGCUCUUCUGGCCCAAAUCCAAGUCAUUUGACUAUCUGUACAGUGACGGAGAGGCUUUGCUGAGGAACUUCCCCGUUCAGGCAACCAUCAGCUUUUAUGAGUCUGACUGUGAAGAUGAUGAUGAUGAUGAUGAUGAUGAAGAGGGGGACUGGGAGGAGGAUGCUGACUCUGAGGAGUGUGUCAAACAGCAGUCUGAGGACUGAGGGCCUAUCUGUCUUCCACGUUGCGAAGACUUGUUCCUACACACUUCACUGGUUUUGAAGGGUGUAUGAAGUUUUACAGAGCG